GAUUAUAAAACUGUCAAUUGACAUAAGUUGUUUGUCAUUUUUAAGAGAAACAACAAAACUUAAAAUUCAUGUUUGCUUUUCUGAUAUACACAAUUAAUCCUAUUGGUUUAUAAAAUCCAUCGCGAGCAGUGUCAUGUCUUUUACAAGGUCCAAAAGACAUGCACUUUCUUCAGCCGUAUCGGGGAAACCAAGUACAAGUUCAUUUUUCCAAGCUUUGGGCUUUACUUUCGGAAAAACCAUUGGACAAGGAACUUACAGCAAAGUGUGUACAGUUACCAAUGAAGCAGGAAAAGUUUUGGCGUGCAAGAUUAUAAAUAAAAAAUGUGCUGGGAUUGAGUUUAUCGACAAAUUUUUGCCUAGAGAAUUAGGUAUCAUUUGCUCAAUAAAACAUCCAAAUAUAGUUACGGUACACAAAGUACUAGAAGUAAAUAGUAUAAUUUACAUGUUUAUGGAUUUUUGCAAAAACGGGGAUUUACUCGAAUUUAUACGAUUAAAAGGAGCGCUUUCGGAAGAUAAAGCAAAAUGGAUUUUUAGACAAAUAGUAGACGCAGUUCAAUAUCUUCACAACUUGGACGUGGCUCACAGAGAUUUAAAAUGCGAAAACGUCUUUUUAAUGGGUGAUAACAGGGUGAAACUAGGCGAUUUUGGUUUUGCGAGGCAUUGCAAAAAUCACUACGGCGAAAAAAUUAAAUCCAGUACUUUCUGCGGAUCAGCGGCUUACGCUGCACCGGAAAUUUUACAGGGGGUGUUGUAUGAGCCUAAGAAGUACGAUAUUUGGUCGCUAGGCUGUAUAUUGUACAUCAUGUUGGCUGCUUCGAUGCCUUUUGACGAUGCCAACAUUAAAAAAAUGGUGAAGGCACAAUUAACCGGCAUUAUAAAUGAUGCCAUUGCCAAAUGGCCCAAGCAAUCAGAUGCUGUCAAGGUAUUAAUAAGUUGUCUUCUUGAACCUGAUAGUACUCAAAGAGUCACAAUUGAAGAUGUUGCGGAUUGCGCAUGGUUGGAAGAAGAGGUUUCAAAGAGACAAAAAGUGUUGUCAAAAAUAUUUUAAUUUUAAAAAUUCCUUAACAAUUAUUUCUCUAAUAUAAUGUACCUAUAUUAAAUAUAUUGAAAAAUCUCAAUAUUUCGAAUUGUCAGAUCAUUUUUUAGAUUUAAGCGGAAGUUUUGACAUCGUUGAUUUCAAAGGUUUCCUCAGUGCCUGAAGAACUUAGGGGUGAACCCAACGGUUUUGAGGAAAAACCAUCUUUGCACAUGUGCGCGAUUUCCGACGGAUCUCUGCCUCUUGUUUCGGGUAGAUACC